CAGGAUGAACUGAGAAGAGACAUCGAGAUUACAAACUUUGGUCUUCUCCAAGGCGGGAUGAUCUCAAUCAACGUUACAAACAUGAGUUUUGCUGUACCAGAGACACAGAGUCCAAAGACAUUGAUUGGUUUCACAUUAGACAUGUCGGGAAGCUAUGAGAGUGCAUCUUAUGCUGAAGACCACACCAAUGGGAACUGUGUCCUGAAACCAGGAAGUGUUGGUAAAAAUGAUUCUGUAGCAACAAUUUAUUUAACUUUUAACUUUACAACCAAAAGCCUGGAAGUGAACAGGUGGGGUAGAAAUCUGAGGAAUCUUCAUGUAGUUCCGAUGGUUGAGGGUAGAGACGUUUGCAGUGAUGAAGAACCCCCUCCAGCCCCGAAGCAGCCUCCGGUCCCCCAACAGCCCCCAGGAGAUGGGCAGAGUAUGGCCAGAAGGAGGAGAGAGGUUUCCGAUGGAUCAAACCCUGCUGAUGUCCAACCGGGGGAUAUAGUCCAGGAGCAGUCAGAAACUGGACCAAGUCCAGGGGAUAUAGACCAGGAGCAGUCAGAAACUGGACCAGGACCAAAUCCGAGUGAUAAAGACCAGGCGCCAUUGGAAGAGGAAGCUGUGGCAAGUGCCCCUGAGGCAGGAGGGGAAAAGGCAGGUCCAGACCAGCCACAGGCUGGAUCUGUAGAUGGCCCACCUGAGUCUAAACCAGGACAAGGUAGUACUGCUCCACAGGCAGAUGGAGUUCCACAGAGUGCAGGAGACACAGAAUCAAAUGGAGUGGCAGAGAAUGCAGGAGACACAAAUUCUGAAAAUCAAGGUUCUUUAGUUCCACCUACCAGUGCACCAACCCAUCUGAUCAGACUGCCCACAGACAUGGAGAUGAAAAACAAUAUCUUAUAUAUGAACACAAGUUUUGUAGUUUGCAUUCGAAACAAAAGUGAGCAGGGUCUAUACAGCUUCUUCUAUCACCAUUGCUCAGCUAAGAGAACACCUGUAAAUUUUUCUGUGUCAAUCGUGGAGAAGAAUGUUGGGCCUAACUACCUAUCGGCAGGGGAUAUACCUCUCCCGACCCUCUAUGCUACCAUGUCGCUUCUCUUCCUAUGCUCGGCUAUCUACUGGAUCUAUUAUCUGUGCCAUCAAGAGAUUGUCUUCAAGAUCCAUUACUUCAUGUUCUUCUUGGCGCUGCUCAAAUCACUUUCACUCAUGUUUCAUGCAGUGGAUUACCACUAUAUUGCCCACGAUGGUAGACCUAUGCAAGCCUUUGAAAUCCUCUUCUACAUCACAUAUUUAACGAAGGGUGCUCUGUUAUUUGGAACCAUUGUACUCAUUGGAUCCGGCUGGGCCUUCAUAAAACCGAUUCUCUCGGAUCAAGAUAAAAAACUUUUCUGGAUUGUUAUCCCCCUACAAAUUCUUGCCAAUGUUGCGUACAUCAUUACCGACACGUCCGAGGAAGGAGAAGCACAGUAUUCCACCUGGAAGGUGAUGUUUGUUACUGUAGAUAUUAUCUGCUGCGGUGCUAUCUUAUACCCUGUCAUAUGGUCCAUACGUCAUCUGCAGGAUGCUGCUCAGACAGACGGCAAAGCAGCCAUAAGUCUGGUGAAAUUGAAGCUCUUUAGAUCAUAUUAUGUUUUGGUGGUGUGCUACAUCUAUUUUUCCAGAAUAGUUGUUUAUAUCUUAAAGGUAACAAUGCCUUUCCAAUUCAUGUGGUUGGAUGAGUUCUUCUUUGAAUUGGCAACCUAUGUCUUCUACGUGGUGACUGCAUACAAGUUCAGGCCCGGUACCGAUAAUCCCUACCUUCAACUCCCCUCUGAUGAUGAAGAUGAAGAUGAGAUAGAGAUGGAGGAGGUAUUGACAGAAACUGGCCUUUCAGAGGGUCUAAUAAGGCAUUCUGGCAAUGCUACAUCCAGGGUCAAACAACGUGAGACUAACCAUAGUGCAUAGACAAGGAAGCAACUUGAUAAGAUAAGCUACUGUAGGUCAGAAGAGUAAACACACUGCAUAGACAAAGGAGCAACUUGACAAGAUAGACAACUAUAGGUCAGAAAAAAAUAACCACACCAUAAAGACAGAGGAGCAGCUUUACAAGCCAGGCAACUGUACAUGUAGGUCAGGAAAGAAUAACCACACCACAUAGAUAAAGGAGCAACUUGACAAGAUAGGUCAGUUUAGAUUGAGAAAAAGUUUUGUAAUCUUUUUCCAGUAAAUAGGAAGUCCCAGGUUUUAUUUGAACAUACAAGCUUAUUGUGUUGUCACAAGCAAAAUGAACAUUAUGAAGGAGCGACUUAACAAGAUAGGCUACUAUAGGUCAACAAAGAUUUAUGAAAUCCUUUUUGAUACAAGGCACAAAAAGUCCCUGAUUGUGACACAACAUUUGCUCCUGCGACAUUUGCUCCGGUCUUGAUAUCUCAGAUGGCAUAGGUUUAGACAUAGGAUUGUAAGAGAGUUUUUUAGUUCAGAAUAAUGUAAAGGUAAGGAUUAGGGUUUAUUUAUUUUUGGAGGUUAGGUUUAACGUUUCGCUUGACUUGUAGAUUUUUCACCGGAGCAAAUGUCAUGGAACUGGUUGCACAUCCUGAAUGUGUCUCAAGAAAAGGAGAAAUUAUACUGUUUAACAAAGUCACAAUAAAAAUUAUCUGCUGCAUGAAGUACCUACCAAAGUUUCAGCUCUGUUGCAUUAUAAGUUGUUUUUAUAACUUUGCCAUCCAUCGGUAUUACAUGUAUUCCUUGAUUUUGAUUGGCUCUUCAGCAUGUAGUUGAAAAUGUUAACUUUUAUGCAACUGGGUCCUGAAUCACUUUUAGCUGCAUUGUAUAGUGAAAAUCCUGCUGAGUUUUAUUUUCCUACACAGUACAUCUUUUCAAGCUGUUUAAAACCUUAUGACUUGUUUCAUAAAAUUUAUUAUUAAUGGCAAGUUAUAAGCUGCUGUUAUAAACUUAUGAAAUAGUGCAAUAUGAUUGGUUGAGAACAAAUUGUUCAUGAGAUUUCUCACCUCUGUUAUAAAUAAAGUUUUUAUGAUACACGGCCUGGAGAGUGUUUCACAAAGAUUUAAGUAUGACUUCAGUCGCACUCAAAUGCCGACACGUACAUGAUAUGCGACAUGCAAUCUUAUUGAUAGAUACACAGUAGUGUGCAUUCAUGACACAAUUUGACCAAUGCGGUCAAGCCUUUCAUACCGUACGCAACUCGGUAUUUAAGUGCAACUCUAAGUCAUACUUAAAAAUCUUUGUGAAACACCCCCUAGAUGUGUUUUCAUCUUUUCUCAUUCUCUUGUAUCUGAAAAAUGAAUAUCAAUUUCUCAACAACGACAAAAAAAAGUUAGAUAUUGCAAGUUCUUGUAGAUUUGGUGACACUUGUGCUUCAUGGUCUUUAUGUCCAUUCUAUUGCACAUGAUCUAUUUCAGGUCCACCUAUAAUAACUUUCAGACAAGUUUUUUUUAUAUAGCUUAUUUUGUCUCACAAUACUUUUUAGUAUCUUGUUUCCUUUCACUCAAAAUCUUUUCAAAAAGUCAAAGUGCUUUGGUGUGCCAGAUACCACAGUGUUCAUUAUUCAAAUCCAUAUAAAGAAGUCAAUGUCCUUGGGUUUACCAUUUAAUGUGUGUUACAAAGGGGCGGGGGGGGGGGGGUAAUCUGAGGAUGGUUUCAUGAAAGUUUUUAGCACUGUCCAGUUUUCAUUAUCCAAUAGUUACCAUAGUAACAAUCAGACAAAUGUGUUCCUUGGCCAAUCAAAACCAAUGAAAGUUGUCAGAUGACAAAUUAUGAAACGCAUCUUUGAUAACCCAAUGGACCGGAUGUGAAAUGGGCAUCAAAAGACAGUGCAAGAUAUCAGAGUUUAAAGAAAACCCAGAUAUAUGUGUGUAGUCAGGACAUCUUACUUUCAUUGUAUCAAGAGAAGAAUUCAGAACAUAAAUUCCAUGGUAAAUUUUGGUAUUUAUCGAAAGUAGAUCGGAUUUGUGCCAAAUGAAAAGCUAUGGUAUUUGAAAAUUAAGAUAAAUAUUCUUUGUUUUUAUGCCAUGAAGUUAUUGCUGUAUGUUAUAUUUAUUGAGAGUAGAAGCUAUUAGAAGUUAUUGUAAAUUUAUAGGGUUAUAGGAUUUUGGGUUUUUUUAUGGGUCAUAGGAUGAAAUAUGAAUAUUGCAUGAUCCCGCAAUACUCCCAUUUGCUCAAACAAAAAAUUCUGAGUUCAAUCUCUGCCUGUUGUAGACCUUUAAAAUGCAUGUUCGAAGAGUUUCCUUUCUCGCCAAAGUAUUUUUUUAAUGAUUGUUUUGUGGGUUUUUGUUCUUCUGCUUUGAUUGAAAUUCUGCUUAUUAUUUCAUAUCACAAAAUAAUCUAUUCCAAAUGGAUAAUCAUCCUUAAAUUAUUAUUUUAAUUUAAUGCAUUGUAAGUAUUGUAUAUUGAGGAAUAAUUUAUGAGUUUUUGUGUAUUUAUGAUUCUUGCCAUUCAGUGGUCUUUUAUGAUUUCUAUUAAGGUGAAAAGUUUGAAUGUUGUUUUGUCGCACCAUGUCUGAGCAAGCAUAUGAUAAAUGAGCAUGCCGUAUAAUAUAAUCAGCAGUGUAAUAUAUGACACUCAUAAAAGUAUCAAAUUUAUUUAAGUGCCAUUAAAAAGAACAAUCUGGCCAACUUUGUGAAACAAAGUCUUUUCUCUUAUAAGUAUACAUGUUGGGCGGAACAGAUUCAAUGUUAUAUUGGGUACGUAACAAUGGUUGGCAAAACUUGUAAAUAUAUGACCCUGGAUUUUUUUCUCCAAAGACACCCUCUGUUGUUGAUUUUCGACUGGAAAUUAUGCAGAUGAUUUGAGAUUGAUAAGGUUUUAUUUAUUUAUUUUUUUGUGCUAAAAGCAAUGAUUCUGUUGGAGCUAUCUUCGUUAGAUCUCGUCAUAGAAGCAUUGCUCAACUUAUGUGGGCAUCAGCUUUCAUUGAGAAUGGUUUAUUGCUGACCCCAGACUUUGUGAAAUGCAUUGGAAAUACAUGUAGCAGAGACAUCUUGGGGGGAAAGCAAACUCAGUGUCCCAAUAAGAAAUUCUUUGGCCAAGCCUAUUUUGCUUAGGCUUUGGGUGGCUGUGGGGUCAGGGAAAGUGAGCUUAUGACUUUUUCAUAUUAAAGGCAAUAGGUGGAUUUGCAUUGACAUCUGUACUGAUUAAAGGCCACCGCACACCUUCCGAUUGGUGUGCAACCCAAUUUUUUAAUAAAAUGCAGUAGAAUUUGAUGCGAAUAUAGACAUUGAACAUCUACUCUAUAAAGUUCUAAAUCAUCAUACAAAUACUUGUUCAAAUUUGUGAUUAUGCUACCAGCCUUAUUAGAAUAAAAGCAAGUUGAACAUGGAGUCAGAAUGAUGUCAUAACAGUCGUACCACUGGCUACAAUUUGAAACUCAUUUGGCCUAAACUCCAAAAUAAAGACUUUCAAUCGUCCAAAAUUGUUAUAUUAGUAUUCUUACAAUUAAUUUCAUUUCAUUCUCACUUUU